AUGAAAAAAGGAUAAGACCAACAAAGUCCAGGCUUUCUCAGAUACAUCAUCCUAUUGCUAGCCUGCAUAGCUCUAUAUGGAAAUAUGUUUAUAUUUGACUAACCUGCGUUGUUGAAGGAACAAAUAGUGCAAACCUACAGCCCAAUAUACGGCGAACACUUGACAAAUUUCUAUUUCAGUUUCAUGUAUUCGUUCUAUUCCAUCCCCAACAUAAUAUUGCCAUUAGUAGGAGGGUUCAUGAGCGAUGUCUUUGGUAAACUUAGGAUCUAUGCAAAUUUAGGCUAUAGAAAGAUGUCACUAAUAUUCAUGUUCUUUGUUAUUCUGGGUCAGGGAUUUUUGUAUUUUGGAAGUUCGGUAGCAAACCUUAAAUAUAUGAUUUUGGGUAGAUUUAUGUUCGGAUUGGGUGGAGAAUCCCUUUGUGUGGCAAGUUCUAUUAUUAUUAAUAAAUGGUUUGUGGGCAAAGAGCUGUCCUUUGCUAAUGCACUUAAUUUGAGUCUGAUAAGAAGUGCCACAGUCUUGGGUACAUAUAUCUCUCCAAGGAUCGCUGAAAAAUCAGGUAUGACUACAGCAUUCGGAGUGGGAUUUGGAAUUACUCUGAUUUCUGGAGCUGCUCUUUUGGUUAUGAAUUUCAUUGAUUCUUAUUCGGAAAUCCUAUAGAAACGAAAUCUGCAGAAAACAGAAGGCUUAUUGGAUAAUAGUAUGUAAGUGUUGGACUUUGGAGAACUUGUAAAAUAGAUAAUGGAAGAUAUUGGAACCUUUCCUAAAAUCUUUUGGAUCCUGACUUUGAUUAUGACCACUUUUUAUACUUCAGUCUUAAUUUUUAUAUCCUUUUCAAGUGGCAUCAUAAUUAAUUUAUGGUUGUCUGCAGAUGCACCUAUAGAAUAGAAUCAAGAAGUGGCUGGUGAAUUAAUGGGCAUUCCCUAUUUGUGUUGUACUUUCCUAAGUCCUUUUGUUGGGUUGAUGAUAGACAAGGUCGGUCAAAGAAUUAAGUUUCUUGCAAUUGGAUGUGCCUUAGUUUUCUUGGGUUUGUUGUUGAUGCUCUUGUUUUAUCCCAUAUUUUGCAUGCUCACUUUGGGAUUAGCCUAUGCUCUCUUUGCUAGUACAAUAUGGACAAGCAUUGCAUUCUAAAAUUUGAUUAUACAAAGGGGCACAGCAUUCGGUGUAAUGAACUCUGUUCAAAACUUUGCUUUCUUUGUGAUGCCAUUAUUCAUCGCCUUUAUUUCAGCUGAAGCCUCCUCACAAGUAUCAGUAGUCCUAUUCUUUUUAAUACUUGCUUGUGUUUCCUUAAUCAUAGCCAUCUAUUUAUACAUUGAAGAUCGUAAUCGCAUAGUUUCAUUGAAUUCAAGCGAUCAAAAGAAAUUAAUGAAUUAUGUAAACAACCGAACAGAGGAUGGGGAAGAAUUUGAAGAAGAAGAAAUAAUUGAAACGAAAUGA